GUUAGUAAAGUAAAGCAAUUUCCGGCUUUUACUGUCCAAAAUCCAAUAACUUGAUUCUGUUGAGGCCUCAGCAAGCAAAAGCAACCGUAGUCAAGCAAGACGGUGAAAAGUAGCACAAAUUUUCAGCAGUUCAGUAACUUCGCUGAUGAGAAAAAAUAUUCUACAGAGAAAGAGUUCCGUUGCUGGUUCAAUGCUUCAUUCGAUGCCCGUAUUCCAGGUAAUACGGGGCUAAAGUGACGGCCUCGUCGUCGUGUCAGCAGCUCUCCACCGAACUUGUCAGCUCGUUGCCAAACUUCGGCUCGCUGCGGCUCUCCGCGGGGCCCGGGGCGCGAGGCUCCGGCCCUGUGGAUGAGGGGGUGAAUUCAAUUCCAUCCAGGAGGAAGGUAUCCCUUUGAUGGGAGAAUCCUCUUUCCUGGCCACUUUGGGUCAAAAGUUGUGCCAUUAUGAUGGAUGAGCAGGAGGCGCUGCAGUCAAUCAUGCAGGACCUGGCAGAACUUCACCGGUCCAGUCGUCCUGCUGGGUUCCUGUCGGACCUAGGCAAACCCAAAGCCUCCUCUCCCAAGAACUUGAAUGACGUCAGAGUGAAAUUCGAAUUCAAAGGAGAGAAGAGGAUUUUGCAAUUCUCUCGGCCCAUCAAGUUGGACGACCUGAGAGAAAAAGCAAAGGUGGCUUUCGGUCAGGCUAUGGACCUUCACUACAGCAACAACGAGCUGGUGAUUCCGCUUACCGUUCAAGAUGACCUGGACAAGGCCGUGGAGCUGCUAGAUCGAAGUGUUCACAUGAAGAGUCUGAAAAUCCUCCUGGUGUUGCAGAUCUCUUCGCAGAACUCUUCUUGCAAUCUGGGCCUCCUGCCUUCCUGCGAGGAGUUGGACAACAAAGGAUUCAGAGUGGCAGACAAGGAGAGCAUGUUGGCAUCACUAGGGUCUCAUUCGACGGACCGAAGCUCUCCUCCACCCGGAUACAUUCCUGACGCACUCCAGCAAGUGGCAAGAAACGGUUCCUUCACUAGUAUCAACAGCGAAGGAGAGUUCAUUCCAGAGAGCAUGGACCAGAUGCUGGACCCGCUGAGCAUGAGCAGCCCGGAGAACUCUGCGUCUGGAAGUUGUCCUUCUUUAGAUAGCCCAUUGGACAGUGAAUACCCAAAAUCAAGGAUGCCAAGAGCACAGAGUUACCCUGACAACCAUCAGGAUUUUCCAGAAUACGACAUCCCUGUCUUCGACAAGUCUGGAAAAGGAGGCACGUACCCUCGGCGAUACGGCGUUCCCUUCGGCCUGCAAGAUUACAGUGAUGGGAGGAAGACCUUCCCUCGUGCUCGGCGAACGCAGGCACACGGUCUCCGCUCUCCUGUCAGCUUCAGUCCCACUGAGCAGUCGCCCAGCACUAGCAGCGGCAGCAGCGUGUUCACCCCCGACCUGGAAGACGGCGCCGCGCCUGCCAGGCGGCCUCGCAGGGGAAGUGAUAUUGAGACAAACCAGUCCAGCACUCCGAGCCUGUCGGUCAUGGACAUCAGCCCGCCCAGCCGCUCUCCACGCGCGCCCACCAACUGGCGACUUGGGAAGCUUCUCGGGCAGGGCGCCUUCGGACGGGUUUUCCUUUGCUACGACGCAGAUACUGGACGAGAACUAGCAGUCAAACAGGUCCAGUUCGAUCCAGAGAGUCCAGAGACGAGCAAGGAGGUGAGUGCUUUGGAGUGUGAAAUCCAGCUGUUAAAAAACCUUUGUCACGAACGUAUUGUCCAGUACUACGGUUGUCUGCGAGACUCCAUGGAGCGAACGCUCUCCAUCUUCAUGGAAUACAUGCCUGGAGGUUCCAUAAAGGACCAAGUGAAGUCCUACGGUGCACUGACGGAGAACGUGACGCGUCGUUACACCAGGCAAAUACUUGAGGGAGUUUCCUACCUGCACAGCAACAUGAUUGUUCACAGGGAUAUCAAAGGGGCCAACAUCCUGCGAGACUCUGUAGGAAAUGUCAAGUUGGGUGACUUCGGAGCCAGUCGGAGGCUGCAGACCAUUUGUCUGUCAGGAACGGGGAUCAAGUCGGUGACGGGCACGCCAUACUGGAUGAGUCCAGAAGUAAUCAGUGGUGAGGGCUACGGCAGGAAGGCUGACAUCUGGAGUGUCGGCUGCACUGUUGUUGAGAUGUUGACCCAACGACCCCCCUGGGCGGAGUUUGAAGCUAUGGCGGCCAUUUUUAAGAUUGCCACGCAGCCCACCAAUCCCGUGUUACCUGCCCACGUGUCGGACCACUGCAGAGAAUUCCUCAAACGUAUCUUCGUGGAGACCAAGCAGCGCCCAUGUGCCGACGAGCUGCUAAGGCACAUCUUUGUACAUUAACUUCCUGCUAUUUUGGCGGAGCUGGGCUUCUUUGCUGUCACCAUAUUGGACCAGGAAGAAGGUUUGGUGCUUCCGGGCCUUUGUAUAAAACUGCAGAAGACGCAGGUCUUCUAUUUUUGCACCUUAAUUUCUCAAGUGAGGAUUUCUCAACUCCUCCCUUGUGACAGUAUGAAUUCUUAGGAAACGGUUCCGUUUUUGUUUUUUUUAAUAUAAACGCUUUCUCUUCAAAUGUAUCCUGUUGUGCUGCGGGAUGGUGUCUACGUCGCGAACCCGACCCCAGAAUGUAGUCUCGCGCCUUUGAUGACCAGGGCUUGCUGCUAAUAACAAAAACAAAAAUGGGGAACAAACAUGCAGUUGACACUCCACUCACCUGCCUUCAUCUCGCCCUCUUAUGUCGCCAUCUUGCUUUGUGCCUUUUUCGUUUCUCAACAUUGCCUGGAUGAAUUAACUGUAUGAGUAGUCAUAUUUUUACAUUCGUUUCUGGAGGAAACCUAUUCCAGCUCGGCUUUGCUGCUGGACGAUCACUCAUUGUCACAUCACAUUUGAUUGUGCCUCUUGACCUGGCUUCAAAUGCCUUCAAUGUUCCCUUCAGCAAAUGGGAACACCUGCCGAUCCAUAGCUGCUUUGAACUCCUUCGCUACUUUCGACGGCAAUAGACGCCCAAAUUCGAACCGAGAUGGUCUGUCAGUAAAUGAUUGUUUCAGUGCCAUUGACGGCGAUAGUGAUCAUUCACUGCCAGACCCUCCCAGUUCAAAUGUAUUGGACCCCUAUCGCUGUCAAUGGUAGCGCCAUAAUUCUAGAUGUGACCCGAAUACAGCUCUGCAUUCACUCGGAAACUUUACUCAUACUAGACCGGGAACGUACCCAGGAUGAUGCUUUCAUGCUCUUAAGAUUUUAAUUGUGUGUGUGUGUGUGUGUGUGUGUGUAUAUAAUUUAUAUAAUGUAUACAGUAUAUAUUUAUAUAUAUACACAUACAUACAAUUCCAUUUUAUUUGCACGUUGAUUUUGUUUCUUACACAAGUGCGUUGUGUUGCGAUGAUUGUAAAGUGUCCGUUUGCUUCGCUUGCCACAAUUAACGUUUGGCUUCCAGUAUUAGUGAAUGAGUGAGUGCAUGUGUAACUACUGUGUACGCUCAAUUGGGGCCUCCCAAAUAGCUUAGAGCCAGUGUUCUAAGCUUAUGCGGCUGACACUGAUGAUGAAAAUCUUGUACAAAUGUAAAUCCAAAUGUAUCUUUUUGUUUUUCUAAAGUCUGUUUGUGUAUGUCUUGUAAAAGAAGCCAUGUUUAUAAUUCUAAUUGGUUUGUAACCAAUACGCCUGUUUAUAUCAGAUCUGUAUAUCAGUGGUAUGUAUAAUUUUUUAAUAUAUAUAUUUUUUAUUUCACAUGGGAAAUUUUAUGCAUGGUUCGUCCAGACCGAUGCAGUAGUGCCGUUAAACAUUUUUGGCCAAAUUCUGCAGUAAUGUGACAGCUCUGUGUUCAUUAAUAUGACGGUGAAGAAUAAUAAAAGAUAUUUAUUUCACCUAUUAGUGCAGUUGGUAUGUGUGAGUUGUAGAUACUGAUGCAGGGGUGGGACAAACUUUUCAAAGACCAUCAGCCGUGGCUGGCUGUCUCUAAAGGCCACAAGCCACCAAUGAUGCUUUUUUAUUUUAUUUUCAUUUUUAUUUUUAAACCCAAUUGAAUAUAAUUUUUAUUUUUAUUCGUUUUUCUUUGUAGAAUGGUAG